AUGACGCUCAACGACGGCAUCGCCUCGCCAAAGAGGCGCAUGGAGCGCCAUCACCGAAAGCGCAUCGACGCCGACGCCGACCCCGUCGCCAUCCGCCGCCUCGUCGAGAGGCAGUUCGACGACGACAAUGGCCUCGACCUCGACCCUUUCUCACGCAGGCAGCCGCAGUUUUCCCAGGGCGGAUUCGGUAGGAUGCCUGCCGAAGAUGACACCACCGGUGGUUCCAGCGCAGACAAUAUCAACUUCCCCAACGGUCCUCCCAAUGGCGGCGCCGGAAAUAGCGACACCGGAGACGUCUCGGACUCGCCGAGCACCGGCACCGGCGCCGGCGCCGGCUCGACCAAGGGCAACGGCAACGGCAAUGGCAACGGCGUCGGCAACAGCGGUUCGACCAGCCAGGAUGAGCCUGGCAUCUUGACGCCCACGACGACGCCGACGCGCACCUCGACGUCGCGGCCGCUCCCGACGACGUCGUCGAGCUCGAGGCAGGGCUUCCUCGAGAGCAUCUUCAACAUCGGCCGCACCACGUCGACGCCGACCACGACCUCGACCUCGACCAUGCCCACCUCGACUUCGACCUCGACCUCCUCGAGCACCAGCACCUCGUCGUCCUCCACCAGCACGAGUUCCAGCUCCACUUCGAGCUCCACCAGCACGUCCUCGACGCCGAUCAGCCCCGUCACGGCAACGAGGCUCGUCACAAGCACGCCGACGCCCACCGUCACGCCGACCAGCGCCGCGUCGGACUCGCAGACCAAGUCCAACGACGGUCCCGGUGCCGGUCCCAUCAUCGGCAUCGUCGCCGGCGCGCUUGUCGGCGUCGUCGUCCUCUCGAUGCUCGUCGGCUUCCUGGUCAAGAAGUUCAAGCGCAACAACAGCGAUCCGUUCGAGGCCAACCCCUUCGACCGGGACGCCUUCCAGCGGCACUCGACCAUGAUCCCGGACCACUUUGACAGCGACGACGGCCACGGCCACCCGUCCAUGUCGGAGCACCACGACAGCACCUUUGGACCCUCGUACUCGAGCGGGCUGGCCGCCGGCGCCGGCGCCGCCAUGCUCGCCCACAACGAGGGAGGCCCUCGGCCGCCGACCAUGUUUGCCCGCCAUGCCAACGGACCCGCCGCUCAGUUCGACGCCCAGCAGCAGCAGAUGUACAACGCCCCUCAGGUCGGCGCCUACUACAACCAGGACGGCAACGGCGACUUUGCCGUCAUGCAGAACGUCUCGCCCCAGGCCAACUACGAUGCCCCCUCGGCCGCGUUUGGCAACCGCCACCUCGACGAGCCGAUGGUCUCGCAGAGGAGCGUCAGCCCCGCUCCGCAGCUCCCGCCCCUGGCCGCGUUCGGCGGCGACCCGUACUCGAUCGCCGGCGUCGGAGCCCGUAUGAACGACAACAUCGCCAACCCCUACGCCCACCUCGACCGCGGACACGCCGCCAGCCCCGGGCCGAUGAUUUCGCGUCAGCCGUCGGCUGCCAUGGCCGCCGCCUCGGGCUCUCGCCCUGAGAGCGCCUCGAGCGCCAGCCACGGCGGAUCGAUGGGCGGGCCGUUCAACCCGCAGCACAACUCGGCCGCCGCUGACGCCCUCGUCGCUGGACUCGCCCACCAGGCCCAGCUGCACCAGCAGCGCAGCAACAGCCCCACGGCCGCCGGCGGCAAGAGGAUCUCGGACUUUGACACGGCCGGCCGACCGGGUACCGCCGAGGGCCGCAGCGGCACGCCGGACCUGCCCAACGUCCAGCAGACCUACGCCAUCGGCGGUGCCGGCAGCGACGACGGCCACCACGUCGCGCGUGCCGGCAGCGUCGGCGGCGCCAGCCUGCUCGACACGAACCGCUUCAGUGCGUCGAGCCAGGACGUGCUCAGCCAGAUGUCGGCGCGCGGCGGUGCUCCGUCCGGCGGCGCUCUGCCCUCGCACAGCGCAAACGGCGGCCUGGAUCCAUUCGCCAACCCCAGCGAUCGAGCGGCCGAGGGCCAGAAUGCGCCGCUGAGCGUGCGCAACCUGAUGCCUGGCGGUGCUGGCGGUCAGUACCAGACGCAGCAGAGGCCGAUCUCGACGGCCAGCUCGUUUGCCGACCCGGACGAUGCAUACGGCGGUGUCUACUGA